GUUCAAUUCAUUUAAAGACGUCAAAUACAUACCUGUAUGUAAACACUCAGGUGCUUCCCAACGAAAGUGAAUGGGGAAAGCAUUUGAGAUGUGGCGACAGAAAUGGGAAGCAAGCCAAGCAGUCUGAAUGAAAGCUCCUUUUCAAGUAUUGCAGACCACAAAAUGGCAGACUCGAUUGCGUACCAAAACAUUAUUCUGGUGAAAACAAAACCAUGGGACUCCCAAAAAAGGAAAGAUCAGUUUCCUACAGAAGAGGUUACAGGUGAUAAAAUGACUUUCGAAACAACAAUAAUCGAUGUUGAGAUCACACAUCCUACACUGACCGAGAAGGAAUGUACAGAGAAGGACAUAUUUCCUAUGCCUUACGUCAACCUCGACAACGACAAGGAGCAGGAGUUUUACACACUGAAGAACUCCAGUGGUCAAAUAGUGGUAUCUGUUGAACCUAGAAUUCCUAAACGAAACGCAAUAUUUACCUUCCAUGUCAAACGGAAAGGGAAACAAUCAUGGGAUCAACAUCACGUUAAAAAGAAGGUCCAGACUGUUGAAGUCACUCGAGCCGGCUGUGCGAAAAAACUUGAUCCUAAUGACGAGAACAUGAAGAUUGAAUUUCAACCCGAGUCUGUGAGAAGUACCAUGGAAGUCACAAUCGAGGUUACCUCUCUUGAUGAUAUCGUAAAGGUAACGAAACUGGGAAAACUGUUUGGUAAAAACCACGGUAUACUGGGAAUCUCUGACAUGGUGAACGUGACACACGAAGGAAACUUCCUGCUACCUGUCAACCUAACAUUAGCCAUGCAGCCUCUACAACCCCAGCCUGUCGAUGAACUGCCCGCUUCACUCGUCUUGUAUGUUGAGGACGAUACAAUCCAAGAGCUGGAACAAGCGACGGUAGAACAAAUUGCUGACAACCUUUUCACCAUUUCGACGAAUCACUUUUGUCCGGUAGUAUGUGUAAGACUGAGACCAACUGUCCGUCGGUUUCACGCGGAAAAAGCUCUCAGAUAUGUUUACGAUCUCGACGAUCCAAGGUGUAACAUCUUACUGUUUUCCAAAAAAGAUGGAAAAUUACUACUCCUUCGCUCAGAAAUAGUGUCUGAAGAUGAAAGGUUGAAAAAGGAGCAGGAAAGAACGACUGGAAUGGGCAUGAAUUUGCUGCCGACUUGCACGUCACCAACAAUACGAUUGAAAAAUAUGGACAGAGUGAGAAUUUCUUUGGCUAAUCAUAUGUUCCUAAAGUUCGCGACUGGUAUCCCGCUGGCAGGGCGCUUUAUCGUGUUUGACCGGCAUAAUAAUGAUAGCUCCCUCUCAUUUCAUGUUGAAGAAAACAAAGAGUUUGGAGCUGGAAGCAUGGCUACACUGGAAUAUGACUUAGACAGUGGUCGGAAUCGAAGGUCACUUCACAAAGCAACGUUCAAUGCUUUGAAAGAAAUGACAAAUCAAAAAAAUCCUACCUUGUCAAGACAUUGUUCGCAAGACACCUUAAGUACAAAUCCAGGAUUGCAAACAACAUAUUACACACGGCAAGUAUCUGAUUCUUCUAGGUAUAGAACUUCCACUGAAACGUCUGCCGGAAUUGCGUCUGUACGUGAUGAUGUCACUCCCUCUUCGUCAGCUACUGACGUAAAAGAGGGAAAAGCGAUCAGUCUCAAUCUUCCAGACAUGAAGCUAGACUUGUUGCCAUCCCGAUUACCUGAAAACUCUCCACAAACCGGAAACACCAAAUUACCAAAACAUGUGACAAAAAACAAACCCCAGGUUCUUCCCGGUGCGGUUAAAGAAGAAAAAGACGUCUCUAAAACAGGAACAAGACCGGCUUCUACCGGAGAUAAGGAUUCAUGUUCAGAGGUAUUCAGUGAGAGAAGCUUGACUCUCCUUGCAAGGCAGAUACCAGACCAUGAAUACACUUCCAUGGCCACUUUUUUAGGGAUAUCUAUGGUUGUUGCGGACAGGUUAAUGCAGUCCCUCCCAAACACUCAGGACAGAAAUCAGUUGAAGCUGAGGCUUCUGAUACACUGGCUACAAAACGAAAGCACCAACCCUUCCAAAAGACUUCAAACAUUAACUGUUGCAUUACAAGAUAUCGAUCAGAAAGGCUUGGCAGAAAAGGUUGAGGAAGCUUUCAACAACAACAGGCCUUUUAGACCAUAAAUAGUUUCGUUUUAACAUAUUGAGAAACAUAAUUACAGAAACUAUAAAACG